AUGACCUGUGGUGUGCCCUGUCAACUCAUGGAACUCAGCUUGGCAGAUCAGUGCAGGUUUGAUGUCUCUGGUUGUGGAGAGAACGUGCCCGCUGGGACAUCUUGCCCUAUCGCUUGCCGAAGCCCUUUUGCAGGGGAGGCUGCGCCGGCCUCCUGUCCUCCUGGAAAUACCGAUCCCUCAACACCUGUGGAAUGGACCGCCCCGGAUUGCGACUUGUUCGCCAGCGACUGCCCUAUCUUGAUGGACCUCCCUGAGGCUUAUCUAGAAGUUGAAGGAGGUGGCUACACCUGCGCCGAAGGUUUUGCAGGAACUGCGGUGGCCAGGUGUGUUCCGGAUGAGGAGUGCAAGAGCAGCUUACAAUGGUUUGGAUGCGAACAAACCGCGGCCUGUGCACCGCCUCUGAAUUUGAUCGGUUGCUUGUUGGACGUGAUGCAAUGUAGCGAGGUAAAACCCGGUGGAAGUUGCCCAGUGAGUUGUCGUUUCCCUUACACGGGCUGGUCUUCGGUGGCUGUGUGCCGACCCGAUAACGUUGACGAAGAGGUGGGAUUGUUGGUGGUGGAACCUCAGUGCACCCUGACAUGUGAAGAUCCACCAAAUGAACCGGAAGGAUAUGUGAAAGUUUCCACUGGCAAUGGCUGGGCCUGCGCCCCGGGCUAUGGGGGCGAUGCCCAGUGGGAUUGUGUCAUUGAUUCGGUGUGUGCGUCCAAAAAGGUCCUCUCUGGCUGUAGCUUAUUGGCGCGAUGUAUUUUGCCAGAGGUCGAAAACGCCUGCAUGUACGACUUCACCCGCUGUAUCGGCGAAGCCGCCAGUCCUGGCAGAUCGUGUCAGGUGCACUGCAAGCAACCGUACCAAGGCAACACCAAUGCUAGCUGCCCCAAUGGGAACACCAACCCAUUGCGCCAGCUCAGUUGGGAGGAACCCAACUGCCAAAUUGCAUGUGCCGAAGUGGCCGAUGUUCCGGUGGGUUAUUUGUCCCAUCCCUACAUUCGAGUCUUUGGUGGUUGGCAAUGCACCGAUGGCUAUGCGGGUGUGCCUUCCAUUUCCUGUGCCACGGAUGGCAACUGCAAUCCUCAGCUGCGAUUUUCGGGCUGCAACGCCCUGUUGCCCUGUGAACCUCCUAUCCUGUCGCAGGGGAAGCUGUGCGCCUUUCAACACACCUGCAUCUCGGUCCGCUCCGGGGACUCCUGUGAAGUCACCUGUCGUGCCCCGUAUGUUGGUGGGGUGGCCUUUGCUACCUGCCCUCCCAACAACACCAUUGUGGGUCGGGAGCUGGUCUGGGACGAGCCCAAUUGCAACCUACAGUGUCCCAUGCCGGACCCCGUGCCUGCCGGCUAUCUUCCCGAUGGGAUCGAUAUGACUGGGAAGCAGAAAUGGACCUGUGCAUCGAGAUACGAGGGAAUUCCAGAUGUCAAAUGUGACAUCGGAGACGACUGUGUGGCGGCUUAUAUAUUUGAAGGCUGUGUGCCUCAGUGGCUUGGACCUGUGGGACCACGGGCGAGUUGUGGUGGCAUUGGUGGGCUCAGGUUGUGGCUAAUUCUUGCGAAACUCCAGCUGUCAGCCAUUGGAGAUAUCUAUAAUUAG